UAAAAUGUCUCUUUUAGAGGCCAAAAAACCAUCAGUGUGUAAAAGCGAACCGCUGAACAGUGAGAAGGUCAGGACCACACUCUCAGUCUUGAAAGGGAUCUUAACGUCAUGCUACGGCCCUUGUGGCCGCCUGAAGCAGCUGCACAAUGGCCUCGGAGGGCCCGUGUGCACGACUUCACAGUCAUCUGCUCUCCUGGCUCACCUCUCCGUCUCCCACCCCGUCCUAAAGAUCCUGACAACCUCCAUGCAGAGCCACGUGUCAUGCUUCAGCGAUGGUGGCUUAUUCACAGCCAUCCUCUGCUGCAACUUGAUUGACAAUGUUCAGAGAAUAGACCUAACACCCACCACCACCAUCAGGUUGAAUAAGCAGCUUCUGAGCCUCUGCGUUAGUUACCUCAAGUCUGAGGACUGCGGCUGUCGAAUCCCAGUCGACUUGAGUAGUACUAGAAUGCUCCUUUGCUUGGUACGUAGUAUAAUAACAAGCAAACCUGCCUGCAUGCUCACCAGAAAGGAAGUAGACCACAUCAGUACUUUGAUUCUAAAAGCCUUUUUGCUGACAAUUCCAGAAAAUGUUGGAGAGUGUGUUGUUUUAGGAAAGAGUAUAAUUAUUCCUUUAAAAGGCCCAAGGGUUACGGAUUCUACCGUAUUGCCUGGAAUACUUAUCGAAAUAUCAGAAGUUCAGUUGAUGAAGAUCCUGCCUAUCAGAAAAUCAGAUUCUUUCAAAGUAGCACUCUUUUGUGCCUCCCUGUCUGGAGACCUUACAGAUACUGGAGAAGGAACAGUGGUGGUUAGUUACGGGAUUUCUCUUGAAAAUGCAGCCCUGGACCAAUUGCUUACCCUAGGAAAAGAGCUAGUUAGUGAUCACGUAAAUCUUGUCCUGUGCCAAAAAGUAAUACACCCGUCUUUGAAGCAGUUUCUCAGCGUGCAUCAUGUUACUGUCAUAGACAGAGUUGGAUUGGCUCUUAUGGAACCCCUGAGUAAAGUUACAGGAGCACAGCCUAUUGGCUCCCUGGGUUUAAUCUCUCCUAGCAGUUAUGGAAGUGUGAAAGACUUGUGCGCCACAAAAUUUGGCUCCAAACAUUUUUUGCAUCUCAUUCCAAAUGAAGAGACCAUCUGCAGCUUGCUUCUGUGCAACAGAAAUGACACUUCCUGGGAUGAACUAAAGCUCACAUGUCAAGCAGCACUGCAUGUAUUGCAGUUAACACUCAAGGACCCAUGCGCUUUGUUGGGAGGUGGAUGUACUGAAACACAUUUGGCUGCCUACAUCAGACACAAGACUACUACCGAGCCAGGAAGCAUCCUCAAAGAUCACGAGUGUACUCAGACAGAACUUCGACUGAUUGCUGAAGCCUUUUGCCGUGCGCUAGAAUCUGUUGCUGGCUCUUUGGAACAUGAUGGAGGGGAAGUUGUCACUGAUAUGAAAUAUGGACACUUUUGGUCGGUACAGCCAAGUUCUCCCUCUUCGGUUAACUGGCAAGAUUUGCUUUCCAGAUGUGGCUGUGGGCUGUACAAUAGCCAGGAAGAGCUAAGCUGGUCUUUCCUGAGGAGUCCUCCUCAUACUUUUGUGCCCCAGACAUGCCCUCCCCGUGAAGCUGUGGACGCAGCUCCCAGCAUGACCUUGGACUGUUUCGCUGCUAAGUUGAAUGGCCUGCAGGUGGCUGUGGAGACCGCUAAUUUGAUUUUGGACCUUUCACUUGUCAUUGAAGAUAAAAACUGAUAUAUGCGACUCCCAUGUUUCUCUUAAAAGAAAAAAUACCCCAGUGUCAAUCAAACUCAGUGUAUCUAUUUAUUCUCUCCCAAAGACCUGUGAUGUUUUGCAUAUCUGAGCAGCUGAUAUGUAACAUUGUUCACUUAUUUCAAGGAAAAGGAACAUUUUUUAUUUAUUUUCUAAUAGA